CGGACAAAUCGGCCCAUGAGCCGUUCCGAUUGGCUGGCCGUCGAUAACCACGCCCCUUUUCCGGUCCUUUGCGUUGUCGUGGAGACAGAGCCGCGCCAUGGCCGGGAGCAGGCGCAGCGCGGUGGCCGCUCUGGGACUCUUCCUCCUAGGCCUGCUGGUCGUCCUCGCGCCGCUGCUGGUGGCCUACCGGAGCCACGGUUUCUGGCUGAAGCGGAGCAGCUACGAGGAGCAGCCCAACGUCCGCUUCCAGCACGAGGUUCUGUUCACGGGGCUCCUGGCUGGAGAGGACGGCAGUGGCGGCUUCGUGGGAUGGAGCUCCUUUGCAGCUUGCAACCGGCUCCUGGGCGACCGCCUACGCCUCCCACUCCUCUCGGCCCGGGAGGAGGACUCGAACCAGGACGGCCUGAUGGACCGGCUCCACUUCCGCUUGGAGCUCCCUCUGCGGCCCUCAGAGCAAGUCGUGGGCGUCCAGCUCUUGCUGACCUUCUCCUACCGGCUGCAGCUGGGACCAGCUUCAGCAGCAGCAGCAGAAUGGUGAGGCUGCGUGUGGGCAGCCCAGCCUUGGCCCUCUUCCUGGCUGCUCAAGUGGGGCUGCUGCUCUUCCUCUUCCUGUGCGCCCACCACAGGGGCCUCUUCCUUCCGCACCCGGGGGCUGAGCGCCCCUCCUCCUCCUCGCAGACCCACGUCCUGAUCCUGUCCUCCUGGCGGUCUGGUUCCUCCUUUGUGGGGCAGCUCUUCAGCCAGCACCCAGAUGUUUUCUACCUGAUGGAGCCGGCCUGGCAUGUCUGGGCUGCCAUGCACCAGAACGGGGCCUGGAUGCUGCACAUGGCGGCCAGAGACCUCAUCCGCUCCGUCUUCCAGUGUGACCUGUCCGUCUUCGAAGCCUACCUGCCCGAGCGGCGGCGGAGGAAUGUGUCGGCCCUCUUCCAGUGGGCAGUGAGCCGAGCCCUGUGCUCCCCGCCGGCCUGCGAUUCCUUCCCACGCGAAGACAUCACCGGAGAAGGCGCCUGCCGGACCCUGUGUGGCCGCUCGCCCUUGGCCAAAGCAGAGGAGGCGUGCCAUAGCUAUGGCCAUGUUGUGCUGAAGGAGGUACGCUUCUUUGACUUGCGUGUCCUCUAUCCACUGCUCACCGACCCCUCCCUCGACCUGCGCAUCGUCCACCUGGUGCGCGACCCCCGAGCGGUGGCCAGGUCCCGCGAGCAGUCGGCCCGAGCACUCUCCCGCGACAAUGGGAUCGUGCUGGGCACCAACGGCACCGAGGUGGAGGACAGCCAGUUCCGGGUCCUGCGGGAGAUCUGCCGCAGCCACGUCCAGAUCUAUGAGACGGCCACCCUGAAGCCCCCCCGCUUCCUGGAAGGCCGCUACUUGAUGGUCCGGUUCGAGGACCUCGUGCGGAACCCCAUCGGGGAAAUCUCGGCCAUGUAUGACUUUGUCGGCCUGCGGCUGACCCCCAAACUCCAGGCCUGGAUCCACAACAUCACACACGGGGCUGGGCCAGGCCGGAGGAAGGAGGCCUUCCAGAUCACCUCCCGAGAUGCAGUCAACGUCUCCCAGGCUUGGAGGAACUCCCUCCCCUUCCAGAAAGUCAAGCAAGUGCAGGAGGCUUGCAAAGGCGCCUUCGGCAUCCUGGGCUACCAAACAGUGGAUUCCGAGAGAGAGCAGAAAGAUUUGUCCAUAGAACUGGUGUUGCCGCAUCGAAAGAGCCAGUUCAGUUGGGCCUCACUGGGUGGGAGCUAAACGGGACAUCACAUCUCUCUGUUGUUUUGCUCAUUCUCCAAACCACUGGAGCCUACUCAUUUUGAUGUCUGUAGUCAUGGCUCCUUGUAGUUAUGUACAUGCAAAGAGAUGGACUGAAGGGCUGGAACUGGUUCGCAGGGGCAAGCACUUGCACCCAGUCCUUUCUCUGAGAUGCGCCACCCAAUUCUUGGAAAACGAAAGAGACAGGAACAGAUUCUGCCUGGCAAGGGAAAACAAUGUGGGGAUUUUAGAAAGCAGGCUUUGACAUGCAUAAUGCUUCAAUACAGAAGACACCUCUGUCACCUGGGAGAAAAGUGCAAAUAGAUUAACUGCAGUCUUUCA